GAAGAGAGAGUAAAGAGAAGGUGGAGAGAAACGGAGAGAGAAAGACCAAGAAGAGAGUGCAUCAGGGAACUACAGCACCACCACCACCACCACCUACAACAACAACAACAACAACAACAAAAUGAUUCUUCACGUUCUUGGUCCCAUAUUCUUCGUGUUUCUGUCCGGCACCCAAGCGCACUGCCCCAAUUCGCCCUGCCAGGACCUUGGACACCCCCACUAUGUCUGCGGCACCAACGGGAAAACCUACCACAAUCAAUGCUACCUCGAUAAAGCAAGUUGCCUCGCCUCCGAACUCGGCCACAGGGUUACGAAAGCUUACGAUGGGCCAUGCCGAGGAGGAGGAGGGCAUAUCGGAGGAGGGGGAGGCCAUAUCGGAGGAGGAGGAGGCCAUAUCGGAGGAGGAGGAGGGCAUAUCGGAGGAGGGGGAGGCCAUAUCGGAGGAGGAGGAGGGCAUAUCGGAGGAGGGGGAGGCCAUAUCGGAGGAGGAGGAGGCCAUAUCGGAGGAGGGGGAGGCCAUAUCGGAGGAGGAGGAGGCCAUAUCGGAGGAGGAGGAGGGCAUAUCGGAGGAGGGGGAGGCCAUAUCGGAGGAGGAGGAGGCCAUAUCGGAGGAGGAGGAGGCCAUAUCGGAGGAGGAGGAGGCCAUAUCGGAGGAGGGGGAGGACAUUACCAGGAAUGUCGGCAAUGCUACAACGACCGGUACCAGCCCGUCUGUGGCACCGACGGCCGCACAUACUCGAGUCCUUGCAAGCUCGAACAGGCCGAGUGUCAGACGGGAAGGCACAUUGAGAUACAAAACUACGGCGCUUGCAAUGACUACCACGGACACCACGGCAGCGGGGGCGGCGGCAGUGGAAUCGGUGCCGUCAUUGGAAGCAUCAUCGGGGGGGCCAUCGGGGGAGCCACAGGGGGACACGGGGACGGUCACCACGGGGGGGGACACGGGGGAAGUUCCUGCAACGCCUACUGUCCCCCCGGGAGGCGCGUGUGUGGCUCUGACGGGCGGCUUUACGGGAGCAGUUGUGAGCUACGGAAGGCGGCGUGCAGGAACCAAGGUCUGAGGGAGGUCAACUUCAGAUACUGCCGUCGCGGCGGCGGAUUCCCCGGACAUGACGUACACGGACAAGGAGAUUACCACGACCAUCACUUUCGCUCAGGCAUCGAACCACAAGAAGAAGAAGAGGAAGCCGUGAAGUACGAUGGGCCAGGAUUAGUGGAGGAUGUGGUGGAGGUAGGUGGAGGAGAGGAGGUGGAGGUAGGAGGAGGAGAGGUGGAGGAGGGAGAAAAGUUCAGAGGCAGCAUCGUUCUGACCUCCCUUGAAGACUCGUCCUCCAAUGAAAGUAAAUGAGAGGAAAAAACUGGCCAAUGAGAAGCUUGUAUUGAUGACGUCAUGAACUCUUUUAGCCAAUCACAAGCGAGGAUCAGCCAAUAGGAGCGCAGAUUGUGACGCCAUGAAUGUCUCCAGCCAAUCAAAAGCCUCAAUCGAUGUUAUAGAAGAAUCUUAGCCAAUAGGAGAGCAGAUUGUGACGUCAUGAAUCAGUCUAGCCAAUCAGAAGCUUCUGUUGAUGUUACAGGAGAGGAUUAGCCAAUAGAAACGAAGAUUGUGACGUCAUGAAUAGUUUUAGCCAAUCAGAAAGAGUUAUUUAAAUGCUUGUUUAUUUAAGUUAUUGAUGUUAUUGUUAUUAUUGUUAUUGUUAAUGUUGUUGUAAGUGUUGUUGAAUUUUGUUAAGUAAAUGUUUUAAUCGAU